CUAUUCGUAGAGUCCGAUUAUAAAUUUUAAUACGAAUUUUGAUAUUGGAGUAUUAAAUUAGAAAUUCUUCAAAAAUUCAAAAUUGGCUAUUUAGCUAUUUAAUCGAUGAAUUUCUUUAGCUAAUAGCCUAUUCGUAGCGCCGACGUUAUAUUUUGAGAAUUUCGUACCAAUCCAAGUCGAAUAAAAAACGGCAGUAUAUCGCACCUGCCUGCUUGUUCAUACCUUUGCGUAUUUUUAUUUAAUAAUCGGGCAAUAUAAAUAUUAUGAGGUAGAAGGAUUUUAUAGCUAGAAUAUCAUAUUCUACUAAAUAUAAAAGUUUGGAGCCCGACGAGUUAAUUAUAGAAAUUAGCUUUUGAAUAAGCAGGUAGCUCCUGAGAAUAAGCAUAAAGCUCAUCUGAUUUGAGUAAAUAAUGGGACAGGUGUACGUUGGAGGAGAUUUGGGUGAAGUUAUAAAAUCCAGAAAGUAUCGGUAGGAGGAAAAAUUGGGGACAGUAUGUCGAAUUCUCGAGGUGGUGGUGUACGUAGGGCUAUUCAAGGCCCAGAGUUUGAUCCUUCGUCUGAUGAGUCACAGUAUCCUGUGCCAGCGCAUGUACCAACAGAGGCACCUAGUCAGGAUUUCUUUCGGCAGUUUAUGGCCGCGAUGAUGCCUCAACAGAGGAGUUUCAUUGAUGCUGUGAUGGGGCAUAACCCACCAACAUAUUCUGGUUCAGUGGAGCCAGGAGUCCUUGAGUUUUGGGUUGAAAAGAUGGAAAAGAUAUUUCGUGUUGUUCAGGUUCCGCCAGAUCAACGAGUUAAUAUUGGAGCCUAUUUCUUGGAAGGCCGAGCAAAUCGGUGGUGGUUAGGUGAAGAAGCUGCAGGUGUAGACCAAGUGGAUAUGACUUGGGAUGAAUUUAAAGCAAAGUUAAAGGCUAGGUUUAUACCGUCGCAUAUUCGAAAAGCGAAGAAGCAAGAAUUGCUGGACUUAAAGCAGGGCUCGAUAAUUGACCAUUUUGUAGACGGGUUGCAACACAGAAUUCAAGAAGCUUUAGCGGUGUUGGAUAUCAGUUCAUUGUAUGAGGCUUACGAGCGUGCUGCCCGAUUUUAUCAGAAGCAGGAAGUCAGACAAAAGGAGAGUGAGAAGGAAAUAGGUUAUCAACAUCAGGUUCGAGAUAAGGGAAAAGCUAAAGUGGAGGAUGAGCCCAAGGGUAAAAAGAAAUGGUGGCAAAUGUUCAGGUCUGGGCCAUCGUAUAAGGGGAUUUCGAUUAAUGAACCGAGUCAGGAGAGGUCUCAGCAAUCGGGGGCUGUUUGUCGGCGUUGUGGAACAAGCCACCCAGGUACUCGUUGUGAUAAAGUUCCAUUGACAUGUUUUAAAUGUGGUGGUAGUGGUCACAUUGCCAGGUUAUGUCCAAGUGUGGUAACUGCAAGGGAGUUUCCAGAACCGAGGUUUAGGCCAUGGCAGCCGCCGUCUUCGCAGUCACAAGGGAGAGGAUUAGGAUCAUCUUGGCGAGGGGGACGAAGUCAGUCACGUUCGUCAUCUAGGCAGCCAGGCAGAGGACCUGACCAGCGUGGUCGAAUAAAUGUUCUUACCCAAGCAGAAGCUGAUUAUCAUCCAGGUGAGGUUUUAACGGGUAGAUUUCUGGUUUGCGGUUUUCCUGCUCUUGUGUUAUUCGAUUCGGGUGCAACGUUCUCGUUCAUAUCUAAGCGUCUAGUUAGACGAUUGGGUCUGAAUUCAUCAGUAGAAGUGGUAGUGGAAGUUUUACUUCCAUCAGGAGAAGUGCUGGAAUGCCGAGAGCUUUAUAUGCAGAUUCCGGUUAGUAUUGAAGGGGUUGAUUUUGUUACUAACUUGUUGGGCAUCAAGCUAUCCGAGUUCGAUGUAAUAUUGGGGAUGGAUUGGUUAGUGGCAUAUCAAGCUCAAUUUGAUUGUCGAAAAAGAUCAAUUUCGUUGGUUGAAGCGAUGGGGGUAUCCAGUGUAUCUGUGUGA